AUGAAUAAAAGCAUCUUAUAUGAUUGGUCAAUGUGUCUGCAGGUAGAAUCUGUGUCCUGCUACUGCAGGGUAGAUGGAGGCCUUAAAACUGUUGUCAAUGCUAGAAAGUUCGUCCCUGGUGCUAGACUGUGCAUGCAACCUGAUGUCAAACCGAACAAGCGCAAGUCAAGGAGCUCACGCAAGGAGAGGUGCCGAACUCAGGCGCCACUUCUGCCUGGACUUCCUGAUGACCUGGCUAUUUCAUGUCUGAUACGGGUUCCUCGAGUGGAGCACCCUAAUCUUCGUUUAGUCUGUAAAAGAUGGAGCCGACUUUUAUCUGGUAAUUAUUAUUACUCACUGCGGAAGAAAUUUGGCAUGGCAGAAGAAUGGGUUUAUGUCUUCAAAAGGGAUCGUGAUCAGAAAAUAUCUUGGCAUGCCUUUGACCCGGUGCACCAGCUCUGGAAGUCACUUCCUCCAGUACCGCCAGAGUAUUCGGAAGCCGUGGGAUUUGGUUGCGCUGUUCUCAGUGGCUGCUAUUUGUACUUAUUUGGUGGCAAAGACUCAGUGCGAGGUUCUAUGAGGCGUGUUGUAUUUUACAAUACUCGGACAAACAAAUGGCACCGGGCCCCAGAUAUGCUACGGAAGCGGCAUUUCUUUGGUUUUUGUGUCAUAAACAACUGCCUCUAUGUUGCUGGUGGGGAGUGUGAAGGGAUACAGAGAACUCUAAGGUCUGCAGAGGUUUACAAUCCGAACAGGAAUAGAUGGUCUUGCAUUACUGAAAUGAGCAUAGGAAUGGUGCCUUUCAUUGGAGUUGUAUAUGAUGGCAAGUGGUUCCUAAAAGGAUUUGAUUCUCACCGGCAGAUUGUGAGCGAGGUCUAUCUGCCAACAUCCAACAUGUGGUCAACCACUGGUAAUGAACUGGUUGCAGGCUUACGGAAUCCAAGCAUUUCAUUUAACGGUCGUCUUUAUUCAGUGGAUUGUCGGGAUGCCUGCAAGCUAAGAGUUUAUGAUGGGGACAAGGGAUUGUGGACAAGGUUCAUGGACAGUCGACGCCAUCUGGGCAGCUCACGGUCUUUUGAAGCUGUGGCUUUGGUCUCACUGGAUGGAAAGAUCUGUGUUAUCCGUAAUAACAUGGGCAUCACCCUUGUUGAUGUCUGUGACCCAACAACAGUUAUUGAGAUUGACAGUGCCCGCAUGUGGGAGAGUUUUGCCCGGAAGGGCCAACACAGGUCUUUCAUGGCAAACUUGUGGGCAACAAUUGCAGGGCGUCAUUUAAAGACCCACAUUAUCCAUUGCCAAGUGCUCCAAGUUUGA